AUGGCGGUGAACCAGAGCCACUCCGAGGACCGCCGGAGGCCGGCCAUCCCCCACGGAGAAAGCCUCCUGAUGGAGUGUACGGAUGUGGACCUGUCCUUCCCACAGCAGCCACAGAGCUCCAGCCUCUUCAGCGGCACUAAAAGCGGAACGCUGUUUCUCACUUCCUACCGGGUGAUUUUUUUGACUUCACAUUCAGUCAACGAUCCCAUGUUGUCCUUCAUGAUGCCAUUUCACCUGAUGAAAAACUGCACCGUUGAACAACCGGUCUUUGGUGCAAAUUACAUUAAAGGAACCAUUCUUGCGGCUCCUGAUGGUGGCUGGGAAGGACAGGCGACAUUCAAAUUAGUCUUCAGAGGGGGCGGUGCCAUCGACUUCUCCAGGGUGAUGGCAGAGGCGGCCUCUGCUGCUUCCCGGGGAGCUCCACUUGGGACCACCGGCUACCAGCUUGGCCCCAUCAGGAUUUAUAUCAUCGCUCGAGAUGAGAGUGUGUACCCUCCACAGACGCCUGCAAUGCACUGUGGAGCCCCACCUCCCGGAUAUGCUGCCCCGCCCCCAGGCUAUGGAGCCCCGCCCCCUGGAUAUGCAGCUCCGCCUUCUGGAUAUGCACCCCUUCCUGCUGGAUAUGAAGUCCCGCCUCCUGGAUAUGCAGCUCCGCCUUCUGGAUAUGCACCCCUUCCUGCUGGAUACACAGCCCCGCCUCCUGGAUAUGCACCCCUUCCUGCUGGAUAUGAAGUCCCACCUCCUGGAUAUGCACCCCUUCCUGCUGGAUACACAGCCCCGCCUCCUGGAUAUGCACCCCUUCCUUCUGGAUAUGCAGUCCCGCCUCCUGAAAAUGCAACCCCUCCUGCUGGAUACGGAGGCCAGUCCUCCAGAUUUGAAGCCCCGCCUGCGGGAGAUGGAGCCUCACCAGGGGUGUCCGGAGCCACACACCCACUGGAUCUGCAGAUGGCGCCCCCAAACCUGGCAGCCCAGCGUCCUGACUAG